AGGGGUGGAAAAAAGCUUUCAGAUUCAGUAUUGCCCUGGCAGUGCAACGGAUCGGUCACUUUUCCCCUUAGCUAAAAAGAAAAAGCUUACGCGCGAACGCGAUCGUUUACGCUUUAAAAGUGCGCCGCGAAAAAGUCUUAUCAAUCUCAACGAAGCACGGUGUGAAUCGAAAAAUCUUUCCCGACCGGAUUUGCUCAAGUGAAAUUUGGCAAAACCUCAAGCAAAUCAGUCUUCACAACUUCCCAGUAGUGGCGACUAUUCGAUUGGCGACUCGAGGGCGGAUCAAUCAUAAAACCCAAGACGAAACGAAACGGAACUUACCUCAACGAUGAUAUGUGAAUGCAGCAGCAGCAGAAGCAGUAGAAGGAGGAGUUACACGUCAACGCCAUCAAUUAUGGUGACGCUCCUGGUGUCACUCGGACUGGUAAUGGUGAUCUUUUGCGGUGUAACACAGGCAGCAUCGGUAGGCAAAAUUCAAAUUGGCCAACAAGAUCUGAAACCGGAAGAAUCCACAAGCACGGAUGUGGAAGAAGCAGCUCCACGAACUUUCGGCCGGCCGCUCCGAUUGAUGAAAAACUUCAUGCUGCCGAUGCUGUUGGCCCUGGGUGGCAUCAAAAUGUUGCUGAUGUUCCUAACGCUGAUCAGCUUGAAGACCCUAGCCGUCUCGGUCGCCAUUCUGGUGCUAAACAUCAGCGUCGGUUUGGCCAAGAUCAUUCAUUUCUUCAAGUAUGGAAAUGGGGUUGUUAGCUUGGGAGGGGGCGGAGGAAUUGGCGUCGGUGGAACAGGUUUCGGUGCCCCACUUCACGGACCCCCGGAAAAGACCGUUAAUGUCCAUGUCCAUGCUGAUCCCAGCCAUCAGCUGUUGAUGGAAACACCUACGGCGGCAUCCUUUGGAAACAUUUUUAAGCCAUCUUCUAGUUUUGCGCCAACGUUUUCCUACGCCCGGAAGGAUGUCUUGGAACCGAUCUUCACGGACUAUCCGAAGAUGGUCUACUCUCAGAAGGCGAGCAGCACCAAUGAACCGUUUGCCGCCCAGUGGGAAAGGCCCAGCUUUUCGGUCAAGAAGCGAUAGCGUAUCAACACCAGAAACUUCCGCCGGCCAGGCGCCGGUUUUUCAAUAAGCGCCAUCUAGCCAACUAACUAGCCGAAAUACCAAAACUCUGAAACUAUUUCAUAGCUGUUAGAUCCUUUUGUUAGCUAACAAAAACACAACACUAAACAGUCAUUCGUGCACGCGCUAGCCUACUUAGUGUAGAAACUUUAAGCUGACUAUAUCUUUGAGAUUUUUUGUUUCCGGGAAAAAAUCCUCAGAUGUUCAAGUAUCAAGUUCUGAGAACGUUGAAGAAGAACCAGAUUAGACCCUGUCUCCUUGAGGCGAUUUGAAGGAGUCCAAGCAAACGAAACUGUAAAGAGAUUCUUCCGUACUCUUAAGUAAUUUAUUUAUUUAUUUCAGUCCUUGCUUCCUAGUUGAAACUAGGCGCCACGAACGUGCAAUCCCUUUGACAAACAUUCCAUCCGCCCUUUUUCCCAAUAUUUAUUAGAAAACAUUUCUCAAACGGAUUGAACGCUUCUAGGCAGUAAAGAGUAGUAAAUAGUACCCAGGUGUAAUAAACCCGAUCCAGUGUAGAUUAGUAACGAUUGUGUGUGCGAAUUAGUAAUUAAGUAGUAGAGACUAGCCAGCCGAUGCGUUAACCGUUAAUAAAAUUCAUGAACAAAAAAAAAUUACAUUUCACGGAAAUUCCGGUGGUGAACUUUCGAUUUUGUUGGCUAUUAUCACAGACAUGUAGACAGCGGCGUUUUGGAAAGAAAGCAAAAGUAAGGAUGGGUACCUACUGAAUUCGGUUGUAGAAAUGAAAAAAAAAACACAUUUGAAACACAUGCAUGACUCUGGACACGCGUGAGUUAGGGCUACCUUCCUAUUGCAAUCGCCUAAAUUUUUGUUUUUUUUUUGUUUGAAAACAUUAGCCCCAGACAUUAAGAAGUGAAAAUAAAAUGGUUGUACGAGAGCCAACACUGAUAUAGAGAUGUCAGACUAGCGUUUUUGUUGUCUUACUUGGUUGUUUCUAUAUGCACCCACAAUAUGCGGAGAAAUGGAAAAAUCAUCGAAGCGAAACAGUAGCAAAAAAUCUGUGGUAGGCAAAGGGGUGUAGGUGGAAUGUUUAAAUUUGUUGAAUGCCACUUUGCCGAUAAAACUAUAUCCUCCUAUCGCGUUUCAAUUGCUAUGAUCUGUUGUCGAUAAUUUCGGUUCAAUUACAAACCUUUUUCGAUUAGAGCUUUAAAGCUUUCAAUCAUUGAAAAGUAAUUAAAUAAAUUAUAAUUUACUAGACGG